AAAACUCAUCAUCAGCCUCCUGUUUUCGUUUUUACUCAGCGUUUCCUUUCUAAGACGUCAUACUUCCUACUCGUACGCUAUCUAUUACAGUAGUGAUGUGUGUUUAUUCCUCCCAUUACGUUUGCCUUCGUAUGGCUGGCUAAGCGCCCCCGGUGCCGUUUGGGCGAGGGGGCUUGGAGCCGACCGCUGCUCCGCCAUGGUGUCAUUGUAUAGCGGAGGGUCUCAUACCCUGAGCAAGGAUGACGUGAACUACAGGAUGCAUUUCCGAAUGAUAAACGAGCAGCAGGUUGAGGACAUAACGAUAGAGUUCUUCUACCGGCCGCACACCAUCACGUUGCUAACUUGCACGGUGCUCUGUCUGAUGUAUUUCGCCUUUGCGAGAGAUGAUGGAAAUCCUGACAGCAAUCUUUGGGUUGGUUUGAUUCUGGUGAUCUCUUUCUUCCUUGUUAUCAGUGUUUUGGCAUUUCCCAAUGGUCCAUUCACUAGACCUCAUCCAGCAAUAUGGAGAAUAGUCUUUGGUCUGAGUGUGCUGUACUUCCUCUUCCUGGUUUUCAUCAUCUUCCUGAACUGGCAGCAGGUUAAACAGUUAAUGUACUGGCUUGAUCCAAACUUGCGCUAUGCCCAGAGAGAGGCAGACAUUAUGGAGUAUGCAGUCAACUGCCAUGUCAUCACCUGGGAGAGAAUUCUCAGCCAUUUUGACAUCUUUGCAUUCAGCCAUUUCUGGGGUUGGGGCAUGAAGGCCCUCCUGAUCCGAAGCUACGGCCUCUGCUGGACCAUCAGUAUUACCUGGGAGCUCACGGAGCUCUUCUUCAUGCAUCUGCUGCCUAAUUUUGCCGAGUGCUGGUGGGACCAGGUGAUUCUGGACAUCCUCUUGUGUAACGGUGGCGGCAUUUGGCUGGGCAUGACGGUGUGCCGGUUUCUGGAGAUGAGGACUUACCACUGGGCCAGUAUUAAGGACAUCCACACCACGACAGGGAAGAUCAAGCGAGCCGUUUUACAGUUCACGCCGGCGAGCUGGACUUACGUGCGCUGGCUGGAUCCGAAGUCUUCCCUGCAGCGAGUGAUGGGCGUCUAUCUCUUCAUGAUCAUCUGGCAGUUGACCGAGUUAAACACGUUUUUCCUCAAGCACAUAUUCGUCUUUCCGGCAAGCCACGCCCUCAGCUGGUGUCGGAUCCUGUUUAUUGGCAUCAUCACAGCGCCAACAGUCAGACAAUAUUACGCCUACCUCACAGACACCCAGUGUAAGAGAGUUGGGACCCAGUGUUGGGUGUUCGGGGCCAUAGCCUUUCUCGAGGCGCUAGCCUGCAUCAAAUUCGGACAGGACUUGUUCUCCAAAACCCAGAUCCUCUAUGUGAUCCUCUGGCUGCUGUGCUUGGCCUUCAUUACAUUCCUUUGUUUGUUUGGAAUGGUGUCGUGCGCAGAGAACUAUGGACCGAGAGAAAAGAGCUUGUCCGAAUGUGAGGAUAGCAAUUACACAGAGUUUGCUGAUGAUGUGCCAGAGGAGUUUACAGGAGAGACUGAGGUGGGAGGUGACUGCCCCAAAAUCAGACUGAGAGGAAAGGGCUCGGGAAAGCUCAACUCCGUUAAUGGCCUGGAGAGCCAGUAGCAAUCACAGGAAUAGGUUCCUAAACGCACCCAAAAAAGGUUCUAAUGGGGGCAUUAACUUUUCGGACGAGUCGGAGAC